CCCCGCCCCGCGAUGGCGCCUGAGGACCACGAGGGGGCCACGUCUCUGCUGCAGAGUUUCGAGCGCCGCUUCCUGGCGGCUCGCGCGCUUCCCUCCUUUCCCUGGCAGAGCCUAGAAGAGAAAUUAAGGGAGCCCUCGGGUUCUGAGCUGCUGCUGGCUAUUCUGCAGAAGACUGUGAAGCACCCUGUGUGUGUACAGCACCUGCCGUCUGUGAAGUACGCCCGCUGCUUUCUCUCAAAGCUCAUCAAAAAGCAUGAAGCUGUGCCCACAGAGCCUUUGGAUGCACUGUAUGAGGCGCUGGCAGAGGUCCUGAUGGCCAAAGAGUCCUCCCAGUGCCACCGGAGCUAUUUGCUGCCUUCAGGAGACUCAGUCACACUCUCUGAGAGCACAGCCAUCGUGUCCCAUGGCACCACAGGCUUGGUUACCUGGGAUGCUGCUCUCUACCUGGCAGAGUGGGCCAUCAAGAACCCAGCAGCCUUCACUGACAGGACUGUCCUGGAGCUAGGCAGUGGAGCUGGCCUCACAGGCCUGGCCAUUUGCAAGGCGUGCUACCCCAGAGCAUUCAUCUUCAGCGACUGUCACGGCCAAGUGCUUGAGCAGCUCCGUGGAAAUGUGCUCCUCAACGGCUUCUCCUUAGAGCUGUACACUCCCACUGACCCAAGCAGCCCAAAGGUGACAGUGACCGAGCUGGACUGGGACGAGGUGACAGCCGCUCAGCUCUCUGCCUUCCAGGCAGAUGUUGUCAUUGCAGCAGAUGUGCUAUACUGCGGGGAAGUGACACUGUCAUUGGUCAGGGUCCUGAAGAUGCUCAGCGCCUGCCAGAGGAAGAAUGAUCCUGUGGUCUACGUGGCCUAUACCAUCCGCAGCCAAGACACGGGCAAGCUGUUCAUCACAGAGCUGGAGCGCGCAGGGAUCUACUGGGAAGAGGUGCCUCCUCAUGCCGGCCAACUGUUCCCUUAUGAAGAGCACUCGGCCAUCGUAAUCCUGAAGCUCGUGCUGAAUGGUCGCCACAGUGUUGGAAGGUGAUUGGAACAAUGAGAUCGCUGUCAUGGGAAGAGUCCACAGGAAAGCUGAAAAGGCUUUUGUUGGGCAGGAAUGUUAAAUAACAAACCACAGAUGUACAGUAAGCACAGGCUUUGAGUGCUGGUGCCUGUCCUCAGCAACUCAUCUGCAAUGGACACAGGCUCAGAGCAAGCAUUUCCUUUGCACUAAUAAAAACAUGAAUUUAUCAAGUA